UUUGCGCGGGUUACCCCUGCCCACUCUCAUAUCUCUCCGCGUAUAGUGUUGAUUAUUGAGUUCACUCUCUAAAGCACCGUGUAACCCUCUGAGCAAAGCUCAAAUUAACAACUACUUACAGACGCUAUGGAAUUCGAACUCCAACAAUCACCUGCUAUCAAAGCUCUGGGUUCCCUCUUCAAAUUCACUCAGAGUCGUCUCUGGGAUGAAACUUCAGCAUGGAGUCGAGGUGAAUCCGAGUCUCGCGAGGAUGAUCUUAUGCGGAGACCUUUGCAGACGGUUGAUGCUGGUUUAAGUACGACAACAAUGAGCAGUGAGGAUGUCGAACUUGCUGCACAGAUGGAUGCACUUGGUCUUCCUUUAUCCUUUUCCACGAAUAAGAGGAAUAAUAUGAUCCGUGGGAAGAGAAAGGACACCAAUAAGAAUUAUCUUCACAUUGACGUAGAAAUUAAAGAUGCGGUUCGCAGUUCCAUUACAGUGCGUGAGCAUGAAAUCAGUUCUCCCAAAAUCAUUCAUGAUAAAAUUAGUGGUUUAUUGUGUUGCAUGUCCAAAAACGAAUCAUCAAUGGAUGUUAAAUUCCUCUCAAGUGAAAUGGAAGAUCUAGCUACUUUGACCAAAAGAGUUGUCAGUGCUGCAGUUAUAGAAGAUAGGGGUAGCAAAAAGACCUCUGAGGAAUUAAGGUACUGCCAGUCUUGUGGCUCUAUUAGCAACCAAAAUCUGUCAAAGAAUGACUUUGUAAUGGAAUCCAGUUCAAUUAGUUUGGCUAAUGGAAAUUUUAGUAGCAGUUUUUUGAUAAAAAAUGAUGGCAGUGGUCAAUCUGAGAAAAAUCAAGAAUCAGGGUUAACGGAGCCUCCGUACUUUGAAGUCUCCGAAGGUAAUUGUACAGGUUUUGGGAAGUCGAUAUCAAAUAUCUGGACCGAGCUAUCAGAAGAUCUGAAGUCUCGUGAUGCUGGGGAUCCUCAAUUUUCUCAAGCACUUGGUAAUGACACUAUUCAUAGUGAUUGCAUUUCAGAGGAUAACCAAUCUAAAGAAUGUGAGAAGUUGUUGAAUGAAAUCUGUGAUAGGAUUUCACUGGGUCCUGACUCUGCCUGUUCACUGUUUACAGAAGCGCUCAACUGUGAUAGUGUAGACGCUGUUAACCCUUCAGUACAAAACCACUGUGCAGAUUAUGGAAAAGUAUCAUAUGAUGAGUCUGAGAGUCCCGAAUCCACUGUCUUUAGUCAUUUCUCAGAACUAAAUCCUGAUAUCAUAGACCCUAAAGGUAUUAAUGAUUUUGGAGAUUGGAAAGCAUAUUGGGAUUCUUUCUAUUCUAGAAAUUACUUUUUUAAUGUAAGAACCCAAGAAAGUACAUGGGAACCACCUGAAGGGAUGGAACACUUGGUAUAUCUUGACUACAGUAAUGAGUCGAAAGUGAUGGGUAUUGAUGCAAAUCAAAUGGAUGGUAUUUGUGCUGUUUCUUCUCAGAACAGCAAGACACUAGAUUCAGUUGAUCUACAAUACAUUUUUGAUUCCAUAACAGAUGAUCCACUUUUGGGACAGUCACUUAAUGAGAACUUAGAGGUACAAGAGCUUACUGCGGACAAUUUCAAUAAUUCCUUGAUUACAUCCGAUGUGAGAUGCAUUGCUGAAUCUCCGCAUGAACCCUAUGAAUUGAAUCAAAUUAGUGGCAAAACACCCAACACACAACAGAUGGAAAUAGUGGCAAGUGCACUUACCGAGAAUGCACAUAGUUUUGAUCCAUGUCUUACACAUAUAAAUUCUCCAGAGGAUAGGAUGGAUGCUCAGUGCUGUACUACCCAUCAUACUAGGAAAAAGAAAGCAAGGAGAGAACGAUCGCGGAGAAAUAUUUUGGCUGAUAAUGAAGAGCUGCAGUAUCAAGAGUUAGGUGAGGAAUUUUCACCAAUCAUUGGUAAAUACUGGCAUCAGAGAUACCAAUUGUUCUCAAAAUUCGAUUGUGGGAUAAGAAUGGAUGAGGAGGGAUGGUUCUCUGUCACCCCAGAGCUUAUAGCAAAGCAUCAUGCAUCACGUUGUGGUAGUGGCACUGUUGUUGACUGUUUCACUGGAGUUGGUGGGAAUGCUAUCCAGUUUGCACUGAGGUGUAAACAUGUUAUUGCGAUUGAUAUUGAUCCAAAGAAGAUUGAAUAUGCACAGCAUAAUGCUGCCAUCUAUGGGGUUCAAGAGUGUGUUGACUUCAUUAGAGGGGAUUCUUUUCUUUUAGCAUCUACUCUAAAGGCAGAUACUGUUUUCUUGUCCCCCCCAUGGGGAGGGCCUGCUUAUUCCAAAGUGAAGUCUUUUGAUCUAAAGACCAUGCUCAAGCCAUAUGAUGGGGAUAAACUAUUUACCAUUGCAAAACAAAUUGCUCCAAGGAUAGUCAUGUUCCUACCCAGGAAUGUCAAUCUUAACCAGCUGGCUGAGUUGUCACUGUCUGCAAACCCUCCUUGGUCACUGGAGGUUGAGCAGAACUUUUUGAAUGGCAGAUUGAAGGCUAUUACUGCAUACUUCAGUGAUCCUUCAGUGUACGAUUCUUCUAGCCCAUGACCGCAACUUGGUGAAAAUAUGAAAACAUUUCUGGAUAUUAAUCAACUAUUAUCUUAUGGGGUUUCCUGCUACUUGCGUAUAUUUUUCAACAGUUUUAGGUUUCUUAAAAGUUUUUAUAUUUAAGGUAGGAAUUUUAAUAUAAGCAUGCAUUAGUGAUAUUGUAUCUUACUGAAGAUAUCAAAUAGGAAAUGGUGACAUUGUUUUGUUUUAUACUAUGACGUUAAUGUUUGGAUCAUGUAAUUUUAGGACAGUUCUAAAAUUUGAAAACUCAUUUCAGCCAUUUAGACGUGUUCAUGUCGGCCAUUUCGAUGACGGUUCAUUUUUUUAUGUUUCUCUGGGUGUUGGUCUCUCUGCCACAUGAUAUAAACAAUAUUGUACGACGCAUAAAAUAAAUAUUAAACUUAUGACAUGCUUCUCUCAUGUCCGUAGUUUGGGCUUUUACUAUAUAUAAUACCAGGAAAAUUUUUCUUGAUGUUGUGCUUUUGUCCAGGUGUAAUUUAUUGAUUUUUCCUCCCUCAGUAGGAAAGUGAGUAAACUUGAGAACUUGCUGCGUUGAUGCAAAUAACAAUUAAAAAGGAAGGUUUAUCAAAAGUUGUACUUAUCGGGAAAAGGAUUAUGAGAAUUUUUUUUGAAAGAGAUUAUUGUUAUAAAAUAAAUUGAGAUAUUGUGUUGUUGAGAGUUUUUUGUGCAAUAAGAACAGCAAAAAAUCAAGGGUUGUAUGAUCUGUUAAACGUAGUAAUAUAAUCGGUGAGACGUAGUGAUGUAGUUAACCCGGCCGGUUUCGCCUGACUUGGGGAGGAAUUUUUUUCUCUCUAGAUUAUACUGUAAAUUUUCUUACUAAUAAUGCGGAGCAAAAAUAGGAACUUAUUUAAAUAUGGGAACAUAGGUCAGAAAUGGAUAAGUAAAUUGGAAACCAGAGGAGCUGCUACUAGAUGGGAAAAAAUAGGAACUUAUUUAAAUAUGGGAACAUAGGUCAGAAAUGGAUAUGUAAAUUGGAAACCAGAGGAGCUGUAACUUGAUGGAAA